AUGACACAAAGUCAUCAAAUACAAGAUGAGGGAAAGAGGUCGUUUCCACCACCGCUCAUAAAUCCAGAAGAGUAUAUUCUCGAGUUCGACGGGCCCGAUGACCAAAAGCAUCCGUAUAAUUGGAAAACCUCAACCAAGCUAUUUAUUUCUAUACUCGUUUGCAGCGGAACAUGGAUUGUCGCGUUCAACAGUGCUAUUUACGCUCCCGGAACUGAAAGCGCCAGCGAAGAGCUUGGGGUCGGAUUGGAAGUAGGGACGCUCGGUACAACAUUUUUUGUUCUUGGUUUUGCAGCUGGACCGAUAUUAUGGGCUCCCGGAUCGGAGUUGUACGGUAGAAGAUGGCCUUUAGUCAUCUCCAUGAUUGGCGGUGGCAUCUUCUCCAUUGCUUCUGCGGCAGGGAAUAACAUCCAGACACUGCUCAUCUGCCGGUUCUUUGCAGGUCUCUGCGGCGCAUGUCAACUCGCUGUGGUUCCGGGUGUCCUUGCUGAUAUCUUUGACAACAAGUAUAGAGGCGGAGCGAUUUCCAUCUAUGCUUUGACCGUCUUUGGCGGCCCCUUUACAGGUCCCAUUGUAGGAGGUUUCACUGCAUCCAGUCACCUUGGCUGGAGAUGGACGCUGUACAUCCCUGCUAUCCUAGGUCUUGUCAAUGGGGCUAUCUCAGCAGUUCUUGUUCCGGAAACAUAUGCUCCCCUUAUUCUCGCUGCGGACGCUGCCGCGAUGCGCCGCAAGACAAAUAAUUGGGCGAUCCACGCGAGACAUGAAAUGGUGGAGACUGAUGUGAGAGACUUGGUAACAAAAUAUUUCACUCGGCCACUUCGAAUGCUCAUCACGGAGCCAAUGAUUUGCCUUGUUUCUCUCUACAUGUCGUUUAUAUACGGACUGGUUUAUGCACUCCUCGAGGCUUACCCCUUCGUUUUUGGACAAGUAUACCACAUGAGGCCCGGAGUUGCGGAGCUUCCAUUCAUUGGGCUCUUCAUAGGAAUGUCGCUGGGUGUCGCCAUGAUCUUUUGGCAACAAAAAGAAUAUGCUAAAAAGCUGGCCAAGAACAACAAUGUACCAAUACCGGAAUGGCGCCUCUUCCCAACCUUGUUUGGAGGCCCGGUGUUUACAAUUGGCAUCUUUUGGUUCGGCUGGACGGGCUUCACUGACCAGAUCCAUUGGAUGGCACCAACCGCAGCUGGCCUUUUUGUUGGAUUUGGCGUCUUGUGCGUUUUUCUUCCCUGCUUCAAUUACUUGGUAGACUCUUAUUUGCCUUUGGCUGCCUCGACCGUCGCCGCCAACAUCAUGCUUCGAUCAUCAGUUGCUGCAGGAUUCCCAUUGUUCAGCCGACAAAUGUUUCAAAAUCUUGGUGUACAGUGGGCCGCUACUUUACUCGGAUGCCUGGCUGCAAUUAUGAUUCCGAUCCCGUUUGUGUUUAGGGUUUAUGGAUCUAGAUUGCGAAAGAAGAGCAAGUUGCUUUCUUUGUAG